GGAAGGAGGGCGGAGGCGGAGGCCAGUUCCCCAGUUCCAGUCGCCGUCGCCUGCACAGUUGCAGCCGCCGCCUCCUCCUACCAGCUCGCCCAAGGAAAAGGGAACGCGCGCGAGCACGGGCGUCCCCGCCCCAGUCUUUCCCCGGAACCAUGAACCCUAACUGUGCCCGGUGCGGCAAAAUCGUGUACCCCACGGAGAAGGUGAACUGUCUGGAUAAGUUCUGGCAUAAAGCAUGCUUUCACUGCGAGACCUGCAAGAUGACUUUGAACAUGAAGAACUACAAGGGUUACGAGAAGAAGCCUUACUGCAAUGCACACUACCCCAAGCAGUCCUUCACCAUGGUGGCCGACACUCCGGAGAACCUCCGCCUGAAGCAACAGAGCGAGCUGCAGAGUCAGGUGCGCUACAAGGAAGAGUUUGAGAAGAACAAGGGCAAAGGCUUCAGUGUGGUGGCAGACACACCCGAACUGCAGAGAAUCAAGAAGACCCAGGACCAGAUCAGCAAUAUCAAAUACCAUGAGGAGUUUGAGAAGAGCCGCAUGGGGCCCAGCGGAGGUGAAGGCAUAGAGCCAGAGCGCCGAGAAGCCCAGGACAGCUACCGGAGGCCCACGGAGCAGCAACAGCCACCGCCUCACCAUAUCCCGACCAGUGCCCCAGUUUACCAGCAGCCCCAACAGCAGCAGGUGACCCCGUCCUAUGGUGGGUACAAGGAGCCAGCAGCCCCUGUCUCCAUACAGCGCAGUGCCCCAGGUGGCGGCGGGAAACGGUACCGUGCAGUGUAUGACUACAGCGCUGCCGAUGAGGACGAGGUCUCCUUCCAGGAUGGGGACACCAUCGUCAAUGUGCAGCAGAUCGAUGAUGGCUGGAUGUAUGGGACCGUAGAGCGCACCGGUGACACGGGGAUGCUGCCAGCCAACUAUGUUGAGGCCAUCUGAGCCCCGUGCUGCCCCACCCUGUCUUCAAUGCAUUCCAUGGCAUCACAUCUGUCCUGGGGCCUGACCCAUCCACCCUUCAGUGUCUCUGUCUCUUAAGAUCUUCAACUGCUUCUUUAUCCCCACCCCUCCUCCAGCUUCCUUUGCCAACCUAAGCCUUGUUCUGCUCCUGUCGUGGGCUCCUUCCUCUGGCAGGUUUCCCUUGGACCAAUCAACUGAUUGAUUUUUCUCUCUGGAUGGAACAGGCUGGGCACUCUGAGGAGGGCAGGAUUGUUCUGAGGAGGGUGGGAUCACAGGGCUGGGCUGAAACGAGAGACCCAUUAAGGAGAUCGGUUAGACUGGGUGUAGUGGCAUACACCUUUAAUCCCAGCAGAGGAUUCAUCCCAGCAAAGGGAGGAAGAGGCAGGCAGAUCUGUGACUUUGAGGCCAGCCUGGUCUACAUCGUGAGUUUCAUGCCGGCCAGAGCUAUGUAGUGAGACCCUGUCUCCAGGGAGGAGGGACUGGUUAGCUCUUAGCUUCACUUCCCACCUUAGGCCCGUUGCACCCCUGGCCCAGCUCCUCUGACACCCUUCUGCCUAGAGCUGGGGUGAGCUGCGUACUCCUCAUCCUUCCAGGUGGGGCUCCCCACAUGCCCAGGGGGUGGGCGUUAAGGCCUCAGUUAUGUAAAGAACAAUGUGAUGACCUUCCCCUAGUCCAUCUCUCUGCCUCCUCAGGGCAUCCAGGGGAGAGCAGACUUUCUGCUUCAGGCUGAAUCCCUGCCCCUCUGUUCCUUCACACAUGGAGUGUGCCAUUCUGCCCACACAAACCUAGGGCGGCCAAAGAGCUCCCCAGAAAUCCCAGCUUGGGUCAGAUUCUUGCCUUAGUUCUAGGGGCAGCAGCAGAAAGGAGGGAACGGGGUGUUCUCCUGGGCCCGAUUGCUUCCCUCCUCCCCCAGCCUCCUGGGACUCUUUAUCUCCCUGGCUGGGAGCCUGCUGUGAAGGGUAGAGCCAGGGAAGCCUUUGGGACUUGACUGAGCUGUUUCUUCCUGCUCCGCUGGGGAAAGGUCUCUGUCUUCUAUGGCCUUCCUUCCCUGGAACAAGGCUGGACCAGCCUAGAGCUCUGCAGGGACAGAAAAAUGGCAAGAGUUUUCUGGAGCACAGGAGGCCCUCCCACCUCCGCAGUGAGGUGGGAGAAGGCUUCUGCGUUAGAUGUGUGCUUUCCUGUCUUUGUGUCUGAGGCUACAGAGUAUGGUACCAAAGGGACCAAGUCACCCACACACUGUGGCACCUCACCUGAGGCUCUCCUGUCCUUGGAGCAAAGGAGGGAGUCCAGGGCUCCAAGGCUGGCGGCACCGUCUCUGGGCUGGUGCUAAACUCAAGUUCCUCCUUUGCGUCUGGGGCCCGGAACAGUACUCACUCGAUUUCAUUCAUCUCGGGCUUUUCUUGUCACUCCUCCCGGGUCUCCUGACUCUCAUCUUUACCCUGAGUGUGAUGUCAGGUCCCUUUCCAUACUCAGACCCUGCUGCAGGUGACCUUUGAACCUGAAGACCUUGGCCAGGCUAGCAGUGUGGUUGUCAUGAGGGCUUGCUAGAGGAAACCAUCUUCCUGCCUGGUCAAUCCCUUUACCUCCGACCCUAGCCUGGGUGAAGGCAAGGAGUGUUCUGGUGGGCAGCAUGGGGAGAACCUUGUAGGAGCAUCUCAGGAGCCACUGGGGAGGUGCCCCACCCACUCCACUUCCCCUUGAUCUCAAAGCACAAUGCGGUUCUGGGGACCAGGGUUCAGGGGCGCUUGCUCUUGGAGGGCCUGUGUUCAGGAGGUGCUACAAGCCUCCUGGUUCCUCUCAGCUGAGCCUCCCUUCCCAACAUGUCAAGUCAGCUGCUCCUUUAGUGCCCUAGAACUGGGGAAGACUUUCCCACACCUGCAGAGGGAAGAGGAACUACCAAAGGUGCUGAGGGCCCCAAGCCUGCUGGAGUCCAUACUUUUCCAGAAGCAUCCAACCCUAGAAGAGCACAGAAUCCCCAAGCCCAUGGUCUCUUCCUUUGUAAGGGUCUUUUCAGCCAAUCAAAACCCAGGAAAGAGGGCACCUUGGCUAGACUGUGAACUUAACUUUUGUGGACCAAUCCUGUAGCGCAAGAAGCCCCGUGGUGAGGAGCAUGAGUUCUUCCCAUGCUGCUUCCUGUCCCUCUUCAUGUCCCUCCGGGGAAUAUUUCAUUUCCUAAUAGCUGGACACAAGACAAAAAGAACCACCCCACAGAGCCUGUAUUUAAACAGAAACAGAAGUGACCCUGUGAAGUCCACCUCUGUCUAACAUUUCAUCCAUGUGUUUGUGUGUGUGUGUGUGUGUGUGUGUGUGUGUGUGUGUGUGUGUGAAGCCACCCACUCAUCUUUUAUAUCGGAUUGUCAUCUUUCUUUGGUCUGUUUGGUCCCCUCCCUCCUGGCCUUGUGCUUGGGAUCAAUUCUUUCUGGCCUGUUAUGAUUUUUGAACAUUGACUUGAACCACAAAGUGAAUCUUUAUCCUGGUGACUCAAAUAAAAGUAUAAUUUUUACCUGCGGA